ACGGUUAAAGAAAGGGGAAAAAAGUUGAAAAAAAAGGAAGAGAGAAAAGAAAGGGUUCGUUAUAAUGUAAUGCACAGAAAUUAGAGGAGAACGAGCGAUAAAAAGACAAGGACAUUCAUCAUUUCUCUCUCCUGAAAAAGGAAAAAUAAAAAAUAAAAAUUCAUUCUUGCCUCUGGUCAGUUCCCUUUUGUAAUGGAAUUUAUCAUUCUGAUUUUGAUUUGUAACAACUGCUGCUGAUUGUUCUUAAUUUUGAGUAAUUUUGAGCUUUAGGGUUCUUCCUCAUCGCUAAUGCAUCGGUGAUAAUUUUGUAUGGGUAUUUUAUCGGCUCAAUCGUCUUUGAAGUUCAGACGCGUUUGAUCACAAAAUUUGUUCAUGACUCCAAGAUAACUUUCCUAUAUCUUUUAAUUUCAUUAUCAACAUGAGGCAGAGAAUACCACACACUAGUCCGAUGGUCGAUUUAGAAAUGGACCGACUAGGUCAGAAUUAUCUUCAUGCCGAGCCAUCUGUCAUUCUGCCAGGCAUAUCUAACCUCCCUCAGCAUAGUAUGCAUUCCAUGGUUACAGCUUCAGGGAGUGCACCGAAUCCCGAGGCGCAUUAUCUUCCCGAUCCUUAUGAUGGCUCAAUGUUACAUGGUUUAAAUCAGUACAGUAGUGUUCAACAUCAUCAUAGUUUAGGUUUAAGCACUCCAGCUCCUGGAAAUUAUUAUUACUCUUAUGUUACUCUGCCAUCGAGUAACGGGUUAUUACCUGCACCCCUAAAUCAUAACGUGAACGACCAUUUGCCAUCCUCUAGCAAUUAUGGGGUCAUUCAAACUUCUUCUGAUGGCUAUGGUAGGAAUUCGUUUUCUGUAGAUGAAGUUAGCGAUCCACGCAAGAGAAAAAUUACAGAAGGGAUUCCUGGGAACGUUCAACACUUGAACGGUCUGGCCAGCUCUAGUUCUUCAGUGCAUUUGUCGAAUUCAAGGCAUCCCGACGAGGUUGCUAUGGUGGAAGCAUCAUCUUUCCCCUUGCCUCAGAGUAGAUGGAGUGGACCUCGGAGUAGCAUUAGAGUUGGAUCAACUGGAACUAGGCAUGACCCUGUUCUACCUCCAGACCACAAUCUUUCAACUCUUGGAAAUAAUAGGGGUCAACACCUUCAGCCUGCAAAUUCUACUUUCUGGUUAGACCAACACUUGCAGGCUAAUUGUGGCAAUGGAAGUGCUUCUUCUUGGAAUCAGACGUCUACUGCACCGUUCAUGCACGGAACGAAUACGAAUGGAGGUUUGCUGGAAACCAUGAACGUCGGCGUGCAUAGAUAUCACGAAACAGCGGGGAACAGGAAUUCUAGAAAUAUCCAACAUCCUUCCAUUAACCAUGGCCACCACAUUCACAAUCACCCAUCUGCAGUUGUGCAAAGAAUUAGAGGCCACAAUUUCCAGUCCUACCCCCAAGUGACAGCAGCUUUAUAUGGAUUUCCCUUGAAUUCUUCAUAUGGAACUAUGAAUCCUCAUAAUCUGGAGAUCGGGCGUAGGCAACCUGGAGUAGUUGCACCUACUGGUCAUGGGCUGCACCGGCUUCCCCGAGCGGGUGUUGCUCCCGACACUACAACUAGACCUCAUAACAUUUCUCAGUUGAGAUUCUUGCAGGCUGAUGAAGUUGCAUUACUGGAGAUUCCAGACUUAUACGAAGUCGGAAAUUCCGUAGACCAUCACAGGGACAUGCGAUUGGAUAUAGAGGAUAUGUCUUAUGAGGAACUUCUCGCUUUAGGAGAGCGAAUCGGCAACGUCAGCACUGGAUUAACAGAGGAAAUCAUCAAAACUCAAUUAAAGACGAGAAGCUAUGUAGCACCUACAAUAGUUGUUAAUCUGGAGGAGGACGAGGACGAGGACGAGCAGGGUUCAAGUUUAGAUCAGGGCGCGGAUUACUGUAUCAUUUGCCAGGAUCACUAUAAGAACCGCGAGAAAGUUGGAACGCUCGAUUGCGGGCACGAGUACCACGCAAGCUGCUUAAAGAAGUGGCUGCUUGUCAAGAAUGUCUGUCCCAUCUGCAAAUCGGAAGCAGUGGCGACAGAUCGGAAGGAACGAUGACUAUCAGGCAGUUAAAAUCAAGAAGCUCUGUAUGCCGUUCCUUACAACCCAUCUAUCUAUCACUGCAGUUAGCUGUCUUUUGAUGACUUUUGUAUAUGAAUUUGCAUAUAAAUAUAUAUAUAUAUAUAUGACUUAAAAAGUAAGUGUCCAGCUCAUUUAUUUGUUGGCUUCCAGAACAUGGAUCCUGUUGUAUUUAUAAAACUUUGUACAGACUUCUUUCUUUAUCAUCUUCUGUACUGACUUGGUAAUGAAGGUGCAUUGUUCGACUAUGUACAUUUGAUGAA